UGGGGGGGAGGAACAUGGCGCAAGCUCUGUCUGAGGAGGAGUUUCAGCGGAUGCAGGCUCAGCUCCUAGAACUCCGGACAAACAACUACCAGCUUUCAGAUGAACUACGCAAGAAUGGUGUUGAACUUACCAGUCUUCGACAGAAGGUCGCCUACCUGGAUAAGGAGUUCAACAAAGCUCAGAAGGCACUGAGCAAGAGCAAGAAAGCUCAGGAAGUCGAGGGGCUGCUGAGUGAAAAUGAGAUGCUGCAGGCAAAGCUGCACAGCCAGGAGGAGGACUUCCGUUUGCAGAACAGCACGCUUAUGGCCGAGUUCAGCAAGACGCAGACCCCUCCACAGAAGAAGGCUGGCAGUGGGACUAUCCAUGAUGCUGACAUCUUGGACCAGCAACUUCCAGAGGAGCCUGAGGUCUUGGAUUGCGACUGUGAGCUCUGUAGCCAGAUGGAACAGCUGGAGCGGGAGAACCAGCAACUGAAGGAUGGGGCUGCCAGGGCAGGGGCUGCCCAAACCGGGAGCCUUGUGGAUGGGGAGCUGCUGAGGCUGCAGGCAGAGAACACAGCCUUGCAGAAGAACGUGGCAGCCCUGCAGGAGCGCUACGGGAAAGAGGCUGGGAGGUCCCCAGCUGCCAGUGAGGAUCAAGGGGAUCCCCUGGGGGGCCCAGCUUCCCCUGUCCUGGCCCCCAUGCCAUUGGCAGAAGUGGAGCUGAAAUGGGAGAUGGAGAAGGAGGAAAAGAGACUGCUCUGGGAGCAACUGCAAGGCUUGGAGACCUUGAAGCAGGCUGAAACAUCCAGGCUGCAGGAAGAACUUGCUAAGCUCGCCGAGAAACUGAAAAAGAAACAAGAAAGUUUUUGCCGUCUGCAGACAGAAAAGGAGACGCUAUUCAAUGACAGCCGGAACAAGAUUGAGGAGUUACAACAGCAAAAGGAAGCUGAUCUCAAAGCCCAGUUGGCUCGAACUCAGAAGCUGCAGCAGGAACUCGAGGCUGCCAAUCAGAGCUUGGCAGAGCUGAGAGAUCAGCGGCAGGGGGAGCUCCUGGAGCAUGCAGCAGCUCUGCGAGCCCUACAAGAUCAGGUGUCCAUCCAGAGUGCGGAUGCGCAGGAACAAGUGGAAGGACUUUCGGCUGAGAACAAUGCCUUGAGGACUAGCCUGGCUGCCCUGGAGCAGAUCCAAACAGCAAAGACCCAAGAACUGAAUAUGCUCCGGGAACAGACUGCUGGGCUGACAGCUGAGCUGCAGCAGCGGCAGACUGAGUAUGAGGACCUCAUGGGACAGAAAGAUGACCUCAACUCCCAGCUCCAGGAGUCAUUGCGAGCCAAUAGUCGGCUGCUGGAACAACUUCAGGAACUCGGGCAGGAGAAGGAGCAAUUGACCCAGGAACUACAGGAGGCUCGUAAGAGUGCUGAGAAGCGGAAGGCCAUGCUGGAUGAGCUAGCCAUGGAGACGCUGCAGGAGAAGUCCCAGCACAAGGAGGAGCUGGGAGCAGUCCGACUACGGCACGAGAAGGAGGUGCUGGGGGUGCGCGCCCGCUAUGAGCGUGAGCUCCGUGAGCUACAUGAAGACAAGAAGCGGCAGGAGGAGGAGCUGCGUGGGCAGAUCCGCGAGGAGAAGGCCCGAACGCGGGAGCUGGAGACUCUCCAGCAGAUGGUGGAAGAACUUCAAGCUCAGGUACACUCCAUGGAUGGGGCCAAGGGCUGGUUUGAACGGCGCUUGAAGGAGGCUGAGGAAUCUCUGCAGCAGCAGCAGCAGGAACAAGAGGAAGCCCUCAAGCAGUGUCGGGAGCAGCACGCGGGCGAGCUGAAGAGCAAGGAAGAGGAGCUGCAGGGUGUGCGGGAUCAGCUCCAACAGGCCCAGGAGGAGCGGGACUGCCACCUGAAGACCAUCAGCAGCCUGAAGCAGGAGGUGAAGGACACGGUGGAUGGGCAGCGAAUCCUGGAGAAGAAGGGCAGUGCUGCGGUACGAGGGAGAAAGCUCAAGGACCUCAAACGGCAGCUGCACCUGGAGCGGAAACGGGCGGAUAAACUGCAGGAGCGGUUGCAGGACAUCCUCACCAAUAGCAAGAGCCGCUCAGGGCUCGAGGAGCUGGUUCUAUCAGAGAUGAAUUCACCAAGCCGGACCCAGACUGGGGACAGCAGUAGCAUCUCCUCCUUCAGCUACCGCGAGAUCUUGCGGGAGAAGGAGAGCUCGACCGUUCCAGCCAGGUCCUUAUCCAGCAGCCCUCAGGCCCAGCCCCCGCGGCCAGCAGAGCUAUCAGAUGAGGAAGUGGCUGAGCUCUUUCAGCGCCUGGCAGAGACGCAGCAGGAGAAAUGGAUGCUGGAGGAGAAGGUGAAGCACCUGGAGGUGAGCAGCGCGUCCAUGGCAGAGGAUCUCUGCCGGAAGAGCGCCAUCAUCGAGACCUAUGUCAUGGACAGCCGGAUUGAUGUGUCUGUGGCAGCAGGCCACACAGACCGUAGCGGGCUGGGCAGCGUCCUGAGAGACCUAGUGAAGCCAGGCGACGAGAACCUUCGGGAGAUGAACAAGAAGUUACAGAACAUGCUGGAGGAACAGCUCACCAAGAACAUGCACUUGCACAAGGACAUGGAAGUUCUGUCCCAGGAAAUUGUGCGGCUCAGCAAGGAGUGCGUGGGGUCCCCCAACCCAGACCUAGAACCGGGAGAAGCCAGCUAAAGACCUGCAGGCUGCACCCACUCCCUCCCUUCCCCACCCCCCAUUCCCUUGGGCUGUGGUGGGAAAAUGGGGGCCAGCGCCAAAAUCAGAUAGGUUGGGAGACUGGACAUUAAAGGGGUUGGAGGCCUGAUGGUUGGUGUUAGUGACCCUGUCUUAGGGCCGAGGCCCCUGGGGAGUGGGGAAUCCUGAGGGGAGGGGCAGGGAUUCUCCUCCUUCUUGGCCCUGGCUCCCAGGGGCCUUUGCCUUCAUCUCUGCAUGAGCUCUCCCUCCCAGAGACCAACUCUUUUUUUAUUUUAUUUUAUUUUUUAAUUUAUGUCUGGAAGCCUGGCUACUCUGCAUUUGGGAUUGGGGAUGCUGGGUGGGGCACGGUCCAUGUUCAGCAUUCUAGCAACAUGUGUGUGUGUGUGUGUAAAAGCUGUGCAGCCAAAAUACCAUCUGGCCAGACUGGCCCACCCAC